ACUCCUCCUACUCGGAAUCUCUCGGCUGGGACGUCGUACGACCACCGUUUCCCACCUAAUCCAAUCGUUAUCUCCUCCCACCCAGUCCCAGCCCAGCCCGGCCCCGUAAUAGCCAUCGAGCACAGCACCCACCACCGGCACAGGCGCGCGCGUGGGUGGAAAAAAAGUAGGCAUAGAGAAAGAGAGAGCAGGAGAGAAGGAAGCAGAAAAGAAAAGGCCGGCCAUGGCCGCCACCGCCGCGGCCACCGUGACGGCGGCGGCGUCGAGCUGCGGCAAGCGCGAGAGCGCCGGCGUUGCGGUGCCCGCCGACUUGGCGAAGAAGGCGAAGAAGGGGAGGUCACCGCCGGCGGAGGAGAUGGAGGCCUUCUUCGCCGCGGCGGAGGGCGACGUCGCGCGGCGCUUCGCUGCCAAGUACAACUAUGACGUCGUGAAGGACGCUCCCAUUGAUGGGCGGUACGAGUGGGUCCGAGUGAGGCCGUAGGAAGGAUGCCGCAGCAACCAGUCAAGUGUCAGAAGCACAGCAAAGACAGACCACAUCGUGUCCUUUUUAAUCAUUCUUUUGUAGUUACCCUGUCAUGCUUUAUUAGCUGUAAUUAUUGCUCACGAGAUGCCUAAUUGAUUCUGUAAAAGCUCACCAUGUAAGUCGUCAGUGGAUCCUUUCACCUGUAGCUAGUUUGCUUUUAUUAGCUUGUCGUGAUGUGUUUUGUUUCAUCAAGGAAAACAAAGUGUCGUUAUUUGUGUA